AUGGCUGUUAGUUUGAGUGGGAAAAAAGUGUCUGAAAAGUUGUUAUUAGAAUCGAAUGAAAAUGCGCAAAUGAGGAGUCAAUUUGAUGGUCUCAGACUUAAUUUGCCUCAGAAGCAAGAUGAUAGCUUCUGUAAAACAGUCGAGAAGCAAAUUCAAUAUAUUGACGAGCGAGAAAAGCAAUGCCAGAAAAUGGAACACUUUGAUGCUGCAAAAAAAGAUUCCAAAUUGCAAGAUGAAAUCCCAUCAACAGAUAUUGUAGAAAGUCCGUCUACGUCCAUCUCAACGCAUAGUACUCCAAUUCAAGAUAUUACCACCUCCAUUUCUACGUCAACACUUAGAAUGUCAAUUCAAAAUAUCACUACGUCCACGUCUGCGUCAACUUCUAGUAUUUCAACUCAAAAUAUCUACACAUCGACAUCCAUGUCACAGCCUGGAAUUCUGAUUCAAAAAAAACUGUCCCCAACAGUCAAGAAUAAGUCUGUAGAUAUUCCUGAUUUGAAAGGCAAAACUAAGGCUAAAAUUCAGUCGAAAAAUCAAUCUGAAGAGUACGUGCCAAUUAUUUUGUUUCCUUCAGAUGGACGAUCACGUAAAACAAAUGCUAAUGCAACAAAACGGUCGAAACAAACAAAAACACGUCGUAUAAGAAUGUUUCUAACAAAGAUGCAAUCUCUUGGCAAAGAUUGCUUUCGUUUUUAG